CAACCGGCUUUCAGACGAGAAUGUCCGUUUCCGACCGUUAGCUUAGUUACAGAACACCACGGAUGCUUUCCAUGUGUCAUAUGUUAUUAAACAAGAAAGUUAUCUAUUAAGCUCACGGUAUAUAUGAGCUAACGGGAGUGCUUUGGAUUUAAAUGACACGGAGGGAGGGACACACACGUCUGCUUCUCCUCUGGGACAGCCAGGCUUCAGAUGAGCUCCUCGGUAGAGCCAGUGGAGGAGACCAGCAGCAAACCCUCCGGCGGGGGCGGCGACUGCACGCUGGCCUUGACCGUGUGCUCUGCCGCCAUCGGAGGCACCUUCCAGUAUGGCUACAACAUCUCCAUCAUCAACUCUCCCACCACCUACAUCCAGAGCUUCAUCAAUGACACCUACGUGGAGCGCUGGGGCGUUGGGUUGGAGAGUCCUCAGGUGACCCUGAUGUGGACUCUCAUCGUGUCCGUCUUCUCAUUGGGGGGUCUGCUGGGAGCCCUGCUAGCGGGGCCCCUGGCAGUCCACUUUGGCAGGAAGAACUCACUGCUCCUGAACAACUCCUUCCUGUUUGUGGGUGCUGUACUCGUGCUGUUGUGCAGGGUGGCGAGAUCCUUCGAGAUGAUCAUCCUCGCUCGCUUCCUGGUGGGGAUGAACUCAGGCGUCAGUAUGAACGUCCAGCCAAUGUACUUUGGGGAAAGCGCCCCCACACACCUCCGGGGUGCCGUGGCCUUUUCCUCCGCUGUCUUCACCGCAUUCGGGAUCUUCUUGGGUCAGGUUGUGGGAAUCACCGAGAUCAUGGGCGCAGAGCCCCAUUGGCACUACUUGCUGGCUAGUAACGCUUUGCCCGCGUUGAUCCAGCUCCUCACCCUACCGUGGUUCCCAGAGAGCCCCAGGUACCUCCUCAUCGACCGGGGGGACAGGGAAGCGUGCCUCCAGGCCCUCAGGAGACUCCGCGGUGGGGAGGCUCCUGCCUCGGAGAUGGAGGAGAUGCUUCAGGAGCAGGAGCAGCAAAAAUCCGCAGCCUUGAUUUCGGGAUCCACAACUAAUGCCAAGACGCCCUGGUCCUUGUUCAAGGAUCGCGACCUGCGAUCCCAGCUCCGAACGGUCAUGGGUGCCAGCAGUGCCAUGAUGCUCUGCGGCAAUGACUCCAUCUACUUCUACGCGUAUUACAUCUUUCUCGCGGCAGGGAUCCCCCCGCAGCAGAUCCAAUAUGUCACCAUAGGCACGGGGGCGUCUGAGCUGACCGCGUCCAUACUGAGUAAUCUGCUGAUUGAACGCGUUGGCCGCAGGUACCUUCUCGUGGGAGGGUACAGUCUAAUGUCUUGCUGGUCCGUGGUCUUCACUGUAGCUCUUACCCUCCAGAGCCGCGGGGUGGCCUGGAUGGCCUACCUCAGCAUGGCGUGCGUGUUCGCCUACAUCCUCAGCUUCGGCUUGGGUCCCGCAGGGGUGACGGGGAUCCUACCGACUGAGAUCUUCGACCAGGCGGCUCGGCCGGCGGCGUACAUGGUGGCCGGCUCGUUCAUGUGGAUCAGCCUAUUCUCGGUGGGGAUGCUGUUCCCCUUCAUCGUCAAAAGCCUGGGGAAUUUCUGCUUCCUGCCGUUCUCGGCGGUGUGCGUGGUGUCUGCGGUGUUUUUGGGGCUCACCUUACCGGAGACUAAGGGCAAGACGCUGGCGGAGAUCACGGCGGAGUUCGAUAGGAAGAACGGCGUGAAGAAGGAGAGGUCAGAUGUGCAGAUGGAUGAGCCCAUUAGGAAGGACUACCAUCUGGGAAGCUGUUUAAUAUCAAAACGACCCACAGCUGUAACACCAAGCGAAGAUGACACUUUUAAAUCCAACAUCUGUCAGCUCACAAACCCUGCAAGCCUCCUGUUGACCAUCUGUCACGACCUCUCCCGUAACUUAAAUAAGUAACAACCCGCUGCUGUAGCACGUCGAAGAUGCUGAAUGAAAUAUUGUUAUUGUAUGACGCUGUCUUUUCAAAGCAUGACAAUCCUCGAUGAUGAUAAGGACUGUGUAUGAUCCUCAGGCUUUAUUUUGUAGGAAUCUAUAUUUUGCACAUUCAAAUUAUUUAUUCAAUGGUAUUUAUUGAAUGAGAAAUGUACAACAAUAAAAGAAAAAAUCAAAGUGCUGACCUA